AGGAAAUCCAGCCAUCCCGUCAAGCGCAACACGAAGCGACUCCUGGAGCCUGGAAUUCCCCCCGGGGCGGGGGCAGCGCCUUGGAAUUCCCAACGCAGGACCCCCAUCCCGAUCCUUCUGCGCUGGGCCGGUCGGGGGGACCGGCCGCUCCUCUCCCGGCUCUGCAAUCGGGAGGGACGGGAGAGAGGAUGGGCUCCAACGCGUCCCCGCAGGAUGCGUUCCUCGGAUAGUCGAAGAGGAACGGCUCCUCGCCCGAGCCCGCCUCACCUUUCCGUCCCGAUCGGCCCGUGACCCCAGCAGCCCUAACCGCCCGUCUGAUGAGCCCAUCCUCCCGGUGUUCCAAUGGAGGCAGCGGGGUAUUUUUAACAGUAGAACCAUACGCAGAAGUUCUUGAGGAGGGGGAUGGCUUUUCGCAUUCAUGAAGCCUGCAUACUUCUAUUGAUAAUCCCUGGUUGGGUCAUCCCAGCUGCCAUCAAUCAUGAAGAUUACCCUGCCGAUGAAGGUGACCAGACCUCAAGCAAUGACAAUCUGAUCUUUGAUGACUACCGAGGGAAAGGGUGUGUGGAUGACAGCGGCUUUGUUUACAAACUGGGAGAACGCUUUUUCCCAGGGCAUUCUAACUGUCCUUGUGUCUGUGCUCUGGAUGGACCUGUUUGCGACCAGCCGGAAUGCCCCCAAAUUCACCCAAAGUGCACUAAAGUGGAACACAACGGAUGCUGUCCUGAAUGCAAAGAAGUGAAAAAUUUCUGUGAAUAUCAUGGGAAAAGUUAUAAAAUCUUGGAGGAAUUUAAGCCCUCUCCAUGUGAAUGGUGUCGCUGUGAACCCAGCAAUGAAGUUCACUGUGUUGUCGCAGACUGCGCAGUUCCUGAAUGUGUCAACCCAGUCUAUGAACCAGAACAGUGUUGUCCUGUCUGCAAAAAUGGUCCCAACUGCUUUGCAGGAACCACGAUCAUUCCGGCUGGCAUUGAAGUGAAAGUGGACGACUGUAACAUCUGCCACUGCCACAAUGGAGACUGGUGGAAGCCGGCGCAGUGCUCCAAACGGGAAUGCCAAGGGAAACAGGCCUUGUAGAGCAAAGUCCCCACCACCCACGAGACCAUAGAACAAUGUUAUGGCUUCUCCACUGCACAUGAUUAAACUCCUGCCAGCUACAACAGGGUCACCAGCAAAACCUUGAGGGUGGACACAAAUGAAAAUUUUCUCUCGCACUCUCUCUCCCUCUCGCUCUCUCUUGCUCCCUCUCACUCUACAAAAUAUAUACAGCAUAUCGGUAUCUAAUCCGCUUCUGUCAAUAUCCCUGCUCGAUGGCGAUUAGACUCGAUUUGGGGAGCAGAAAGGGAGAGUUCUCCCUACAGGCUCCUUCACUACUGAUGUUUCUGAUCUGCCCAUUUUCCUUCAGCUGUUGGCCUCUCAGCUAGGUUGUACAUUUGCAUUUUCCUGAAGUGAUUUCAUUUUUAGCCUCAAGGCAUCUUGGCCCACCAGGGGAGGGAGGCCACAUUUUCCUGAGUGAUAGAGGAGAUUUAUAUUUUUUCAGCUGAGCCCAAAUGCUUAGGUAAAAGAAUUUCCAGCAGUAGAAAUGUUUCUUGAAGAGAUGCCCACUAAGAAUAAAAUGAACCACAGAGUUAGGGGAAGGAGAGAGGGCUGAGCAGCCAGAAGGUCCCAGUAAUGCAGGAGACAGAGCUAGGUUGGGUUCUAGCCACUAUCUGAUGAGUAACAAAUGGAGAAAUAUCAGUCAUUAGGCAUAAAUGAAACUUUAAACUACCAAUCCCCAAAUCAAGGGUGAUGGGAUACAUGAACCCGAAAGACAAUGCCAAAAGAACAGUGGGAUCACCUAGAAGGGUUGAAAAACAUCUAACCUGAUCCAGGAAUUACUGUGCUUAAUUUGAACGACUUACCAAUCACACUCUAAGCUGUCUUUACCUGUCAGCAGUUUAUACACAAGAGCCAAGAUGAACAAUCCCACUGUGAAUCUACAUUGUCUGAACAUCAUUGGCUCUGGAGUCCCGUUUGGGUUUAAACGCGGUAGCAUUGAGUUUUUCCAGAAUGAGCUGGUUUGACCCCAUUUCCAGUAGCGUCUUCCCAGCCCGAUGUCCCAAAGUCUUAUUCAGGGUCCCCUUUCCACCUCAAGUGCUGAUUAGAACCAAGUGACUCAACUCAAGUGAGAUUUGCACAAUUCAACUCCAUGGGUUGACCAUUACAAACCGUCUCGAUAUAUAAAAUGACCAACUCUUGACCAGCUGCAGCGCUGCUCUGGCAAUAUUACUUGUACAAUUACGGUCACCUACACAGGGUAUCACAAUGUCACCUCGAUUUACCAUCAGGACCACCACCCCAAAGCCACAGCAUACAAGUUGCUGUUUACUCCUUUAUCCAGCCCCCUACGGUGGUCAACACCGUCCUCUCAUUGUGCUGUGGAAUCUCUAAAAUUUGGGGUCUCUUUUCUGACCUCACUCAGUAGCACUGAUCUGGGCCAUUGCAGGGUGCCCUGUGGAGUUGCCUGGUGGAUCUUCUUAUAGGCCAGAGCAGCCACUUCCUGGGCACGGUGGGCAUUCCCUCCUUCUUAUGUCCUUGGUGUGCACCUGUGGCUCCUCCCCUGACCCCAACCUUUUCUGACUGGAGGGAAUGGUUCAAUUCCAAUUGUAGGGAGCAAAUUCCACUGCCCUUGACCCAUUCUUGUUCAGGCACAACAUUCCUCCUUUUACCAAUUCAUCCUUUUUUUACAGAUUUCCCUUCUGAAAGCAAGUAGGCUCGAAAGAAAUUUGUCAUCCCUAACUAGUAACGGGCUGUGGCUCUGACCCUGCCAUCCUUCAAGUAUGCAACAAUUGCAGUACAAGACAGCAACGAUGUGUUGCCCUUCUGCAGAAAGGCAAACCACCUUCUCAGUUGAACACCAGCGUGAAGCCAGCUGGGGGGCUGCGAUAGCUAGAAUGUUACAGGCCCUCACAAGUCAUUCAUGAAUAACUCCACUUGAGCCUCCCUCCCCUCUAAAGUAAAGGCAUCCCACACCCCCAGCUCAAGGACAAUCAUAGCUGGGCAUGUAAUUCCACUGUAGUGAGGCUAACCAUCUUCAACUUCAAGAAAUCCACCCUCUUCAAAAGAAAUGAAGGGCAAGGGUUUCAACUUCAAGAAAUCCACCCUCUUCAAAAGAAAUGAAGGGCAAGGGUGGGGAGUGAGAUACAAGGAAGAUCAUUAAUAAAGCCAUGAAGCAGAGUGAUCCAUUUGUUAUUAAGGGACACCUGGGUCCCUUUCGGGGAACCAAAGAGAGAGUUCAUCUGGAGAGCCAAGGUAUGGUCAUUUUGGAUCAAAAGGCCGUCACACCAAGAGAUGCAGCCAGCAAAGCAUUUGCUAGAAUGGAGCAGGACAUCACUAAGAAACCCUCUUCAGAGAGCAGCUUCAGAGGUUGGUGAAGGAGAGCACUCUAUGGCUUUUGUUGGCAGGCAGAGAGAAUAUUUUCCUGGAGUUUCUCAGAAUGCUGUUUCCUUGCCAACUUUGUAUUGCUGACAUCUGUUUAUCUAUUUUUUUUUUUUGGUGGAAGAUGUGAAACAAUACUGUGACCGAACUACUCAAAGACUGAUGACAAUUUGCAGUUUCUCCUAACUACAUCUUUGAGGGAUUGUGUUUUUUUUUCCUAAACUCUGAAGAACAAGAUUUGCCUCAGCUUUUGUUUGAUGAGUUUCUUUAUGACUUUGUUUGAAAAUGCUGCCUCUACUUGCUCAAUACGCCCUCCUCUUUCAGUUUUUGUGCUUUAUUGACAGAUAUACUCCAAAAGGGAUCAGCCUCCUGUUUGUUAGCUGAUGCCCUGUUAAUACGUAUCCCGUUUCUAAAAAUCUUUGAACAAUAGUGUGCCUGAAAACUAGUGAAAAAAAACACCUGAACACUACACUGUACAAAGGGAUUCUAGCAACAAUAUUUGAUGUGUAAAAGAAUAUAUUAUUAAAAAUUAUUUUGUUAAAUAUAAAGUGUGUUAAUCUGCCAAAACUGUUUGUGGUAUAUUUUUAAAAUCUCUCUGCUGUCCUCAUCUCAACUUCUCAAUGGAUAGCGACAAUUCUUCAUGCCUACAAAUGGUCAAGGUUUAUGUUUCCAAGUGUAAUGAGACACCAUUUGAUUUGGUUACUGUUUUAGCCAUUUUAUUUUGCAGUUAAUGCUUUCUAAAUUCAUGUUACAGCAUCUUUUCAGUGGCCAGAGCAGCUGGAAUAGUUAGUCUUGGAAACAAGUUUGACCAUAAAUUAAAUUUAAAUAAUAACCAAGAGUAGAAUGAAGGAAGUAUUUCAAGGGAAAAGAUGAAACAUUUUGACGUAUUUAACCUAAAGUUCUUUUUAAAAAGGUCUUGUGAUGAUUUUCUUUUGAUCUAAAUGUUGUCCUUCCUUCAAAAUAACUUACUAGGGCUUUAAUACAAUUAAUUGCUCAGGAGAGUAGUACCACACAAGAGGAAAGUUGGCAAUUAUUCAAUUUUAAAUAAGUGAUAGAUGAGUAGAUCAGAUAAUUUAGGGUCUAAAAUGGAUUUUCCUUGUUACUUGAAUGACCAAGUUUGGGCUUGAAAAAUUGACGAACUUCCAUUUCACUUUAAUCUGCAUUGUAUUCUGUUGGUAUAAAGUUUUAUAAGCAUAAAUGAUCUACCAGGCCUGAAAAAAUAAAAUGAAA